UUAGUUCAAUUGAUAAAUUAAAUAUCAAUUGUUUUAAAAUAUUUUGCAUUGUUCCGCAUCGUCGCGUAAAUGACACUUCCGUGUUAAAUUUAGCAUUAAUACGUCACGAUCGUUCUUUUUUACAUCACAUGAACUUUGUUACAAAGGCAAUCAUGACGCAAUAAUGACCUUUAUCGUCGAACAAGGGGCAAUAAAUAUCUUUAUUGUUUCUAAUAAUCACGAUAACUAAAUUUGAAUACACGACUGUGACGUCACAAUGAUCUUUAUGAAUAAAUAAACCAACAUCGUGUCUUUGGUCACGAGCCAAUUAUGACUUCGCGCGAAAAAUAAACAUUCUCGCUAUCUUUGUUUGUGACGUCAUAAUAAUUAUUUUAUUAUAGAAUUAUUUGCAAUGACCAUUGUUAGGAUCUGGAUCGCCGUUUCCCUGGUUGCCCUGGCAACAAGUCAAAAUACAGGUUUCUCACCAGCAGUGCCAACACCGAGCGUCAUCAACAAUGCGAGUCUCGAUUCCACCUUCUUCAGUGACGUCACGGAAGUGAGGAGCAACGUCAUACACCGCGGAGGCAUCGGAACGCAAUAUUGGUCGAUAGCUACAAACCAUAGAAGGGGUCUUUACUAUUACCUUGAUCUUUUGUCGAACAACAUUGGGGUUUAUGACGUCACAAACGGAACAAGGUCUAGAGGAUCGGAAGGCAUUUCCUGGUCAGCUGACGGGGUGGCCGUUGAUUGGUUGACAGGAACACCUACGUCAUCAAUACUCACUUGGGGGUGCUGGUGGUAGCGAAUGAGGGGUUUACCCAUGUUCGAAACCUUCAUACGGCGUUAGUGGGCGUUUCGGGGAAGAUUGUAGUGGACCCGAUACGCAGGCAUUUGUACUGGACUUUCCAAGGAGGCGGUUUCGUCAAGAUUUAUAAAUCUAACCUACUCGGGGAAUCCCCCAGCGAACUACACCAUUUCAACAAUUCAUCCAUUCAUGACGUCACAAUC